AUGAUAGUCUUCAUUUUCCUAGCCAUGGGGCUGUGCUCAGAAAAUGAACCCACUUCCCAGAACACUGACUGCGCAUACCUGAGAGAGCAGUGCCUAAGGGAUGCGACCCGAUGCGAGCAUGCCUGGAGACGCAUGGAAGAUGCCUGCACUGUUCCAGGAAACCUCUGCAAGAUGAAGGAGUCCGCAAGCUGUAACCUGAGCGUUCAGUCCUUAGUGGAAAGCAAUUUCCAACUUAAAGAUUGUCUAUGCACUGAUGACCUCUACUGCACUGCUAACAAAUUGCUUGGGAAAAAAUGCAUCAAUGAAUCAGAUAACAUAAAAGAGGAUAAUAAAUUCAAGUGGAAUCUAACUACUCUUCCCUCUCAUGGAAUGAAAGGGAUCCGGUCCUGUUUGGAAGUGGCAGAGACGUGUGUAGGGGAUGUGGUCUGUAAUACACAGUUGGCCCUGUACCUUAAAGCUUGCUCAGCAAAUGGAAAUCUGUGUGAUGUGAAACACUGCCAAGCAGCCAUACGGUUCUUCUAUCAAAAUAUGCCUUUUAAUAUUGCCCAGAUGUUGGCUUUUUGUGACUGUGCUCCAUCUGAUAUACCUUGUCAGCAGUCCAAAGAAGCUCUUCACAGCAAGCCAUGUGCAGUGAACACAGUUCCACCCCCCACUUGCCUCAAUGUAAUUCACAGCUGCCGAAAUGAUGAAUUAUGCAGGAGGCGCUAUAGAACAUUUCAGUCAAAAUGCUGGCAGCCUGUGACUAGAAAGUGCCAUGAAGAUGAGACUUGCAUCAGUGCCUUGAGCAAGCGGGACCUCACCUGCUCAGGCAGCGAUGACUGCAAAGCAGCCUACAUUGGUACCCUUGGGACGGUCCUUCAAGUGCAGUGCACCUGUAGGAGCAUUACACAAAGUGAAGAACCUUUGUGUAAGGUUUUCCAGCAUAUGCUUCAUAGAAGAUCAUGUUUCAAUUAUUCGGUUCUGUCUAAUGUCAAAGGCAUUGCGCUGCAUAAAAGAAAACAUGCAAAGGAAAUAACUCUAAGUGGAUUUCAUUCCCCCUUCAACGGAGAAGUAAUUUAUGGUGUCAUGGGCAUGACGGUCACCUGUGGAAUCCUUCUCUUGGUUAUGUUCAAGCUGAGAACCUUCAGAAUAUCAAGUCAAACCAGAGACCCUUCACCAAUCCAAAUACCGGGAGGGAGGACUCAUGGUCCAUUAAGAGUCUCGGAUCAUUAACAACCACUUCCUCUCAAGCAAGUCUUUCUAGCCAGUCAACAGACCAUCCUGUUCAUCAUCAAUAAAGAAAAUGUUAAGAAGGAUUUAAUGAUAUCGUAUCAUUAAGUAUAAUAAUGUAAGGUAUAAUAAUAUGGCAUGUGUUCAAUUUAUUUUUUCUUAAGAAAAUAUUUAAGUAUAAAUAUACAGU